UUGAGCACGUCCCCCACGUCCUCUCCUUCUACCCACUUAUUAUUUAUUCAUUGCCCCAAAGGAGCAACCAGGGCCCCGGGCUUCAAACUUUCCCCCCCUAAUGCGAGACGGGGCCAGAUCCCAUCCAACAGAGUUUAAUUUUCAUGGGGCUCUGGAAUCAAAAGAACAGAAACAGCAACAACAAAAGCUCAGCCGCUGCCUGAUUUAAAUCUGGCAGAGUGGGGAAAAUAAAGUGUUGAAUAAACAGACCAAGUUGGGUCAUGGGGAGCUUCAGAGGUCAUGCCCUCCCUGGAACCUUUUUCUUUAUCACUGGUCUUUGGUGGAGUACAAAGAGUAUUCUGAAGUAUCUCUGCAAAAAACAAAAGCGGACAUGCUACGUUGGUUCCAAAGUAUUAUUCCAUCGAAUAGAAAUUUUGGAGGGAAUUGUAUUGUUUGGCAUGGCUUUAACUGGCAUGGCUGGGGAACAGUUUAUUCCUGGAGGGCCCCACCUGACCUUAUAUGACUAUAAACUGGGCCAGUGGAACCAACUCCUGCGUUGGCAGCAUUUUACCAUGUAUUUCUUCUUUGGGCUGCUGGGCGUGGCAGAAAUCUUAUCUUUUACCAUCAGUUCACUUCCCGUCUCCUUACGCAAGCUAAUGUUGGCAAAUGCCUUAUUUGUGGAGGCUUUUAUCUUUUACAACCACACACAUGGCCGGGAAAUGCUGGACAUCUUUGUGCACCAGCUGCUGGUCCUGGUCAUCUUUUUGACAGGCGUGGUGGCCUUUGUAGAGUUCCUCACAUGGAACAAUGUACUGCUAGAGCUUCUGCGGUCAAGCCUCAUCCUGCUUCAAGGGAUCUGGUUCUGGCAGAUUGGUUUUGUCCUGUAUCCCCCCAGUGGAGGUCCUGCAUGGGAUCUGAUGGAUCAUGACAACAUUUUGUUUCUUGCCAUGUGCUUUUGUUGGCAUUAUGCAUUGACCUUUGUCAUCAUUGGAGCAAAUUAUGCUUUUGUCACCUGGUUGGUUAAAUUUAGAUUUAAGAGGCUCUGCCCCUCAGAAGUUGGACUCCUGAAAAAUGCUGAACGAGAACAAGAAUCAGAAGAAGAGAUGUGAUUUUGAUGGGAAUCCAGUCUUUCUUGAUAAACCUUUUCUGAUUUGAAUUGUCUUUAUUCAUGGUUAUGUUUCUUGACCUUUUGUUUGGAGAACAACUGGCUAAGGACGACUCUCAGUGUACUGUUUGUAUUUUUGUUAAAGUAUUUGAAUUUAAAUGUUUUAUUUUUAGCUUUGGAGAUAUUUUAGGUGAGAAGUUCAUUUUGCACAUAAUGCAUGUCAUGGUAUUCAGGGGUUAAAGUGACUCUUCCCAUGCCAUCUAAAGUUUGGUGCCAACACUAUUAAAAAUACUUUUUAUUUGCCUUAUAGGUAUGCUCAAGGUUCCUGAGCUUGCUACCAUGUAUAACUUGUUAAACAUGGAAUUACACUUGUUUGUCUUGUUGCUGAAUGGGAAAUAAAUGAAUGCAUGCACCUUGGUAUAGGCACCUCAAAUGUUUGUUUUUGUUAUUUAACUAAACCCCACCAUUACAUCAUGCAGAAGA